AUGAGGGUUAGCUUUGUUUUGGUGGCUGCUCUUCGAGGAGCUACAGCUCUUCUGAGCCCUCGCGGCGCUGACGCUGCUGGCCAGAUCCGCCUUGCAUAUCACGGAACUAAUGGAAUGACUGUCAGCUGGAAUACUUUUGAGCAUGUCAAAGCACCUUCAGUAAAAUGGGGAUUGUCGAAGAACAAGCUGGUGCACACUGCGUCAUCAAACGUUUCAGUCACUUAUCCCACAUCAACAACUUACAACAGCCACGUUUUGAUUAGUGGAUUGAAGUCCGACACAACUUACUAUUAUCUGCCGUCCCCUUUGCCCCAGGGCGACGGUGUCAAGCCGUACUCGUUUACGACCGCUCGCUCUGCUGGCGACACCGAUGCCUUCUCUGUUGCCGUUGUCGUUGAUCUCGGCACCAUGGGCCGCCUGGGUCUCACCACAUCAGCAGGCAAGGGCGUAUCAAAAAGCAACAUUUUAAAACCCGGAGAGAAGAACACAAUUGAUUCACUGGCUACAACAAGACCUACAUAUGAUUUCAUCUGGCACCCUGGCGAUAUCGCCUAUGCAGACUACUGGUUGAAGGAGGAAAUUCAGGGAUUCUUGCCCAACACUAGCAUCAAAGACGGCCACAAUGUAUACGAAACUAUUCUCAAUGACUUCUAUGACGAAAUGGCCGCCGUGACUGAGACCAAACCCUACAUGGUUGGACCUGGAAACCACGAAGCAAACUGCGACAAUGGCGGGACGACUGACAAGUCCAAGAACAUCACAUAUGACGUGAGCAUCUGCUCACCAGGACAGACCAACUUCACCGGAUAUAAGAACCACUUCCGAAUGCCGAGUGACGUGUCUGGAGGAACUGGAAACUUCUGGUACAGUUGGGAGAAUGGAAUGGUGCACUUUAUCCAGCUUGAUACGGAAACUGACCUGGGCCACGGCUACACUGGGCCAGAUGAGAUUGGCGGCACGGAGAAAGAAGGCGCCAGUCCAGUCAACGCCACGAUGAAUGCCCAAGCUACCUGGCUCGAAGACGAUCUCGCAUCUGUUGAUCGCAAGAAAACGCCUUGGGUUGUUGUUGCCGGCCAUCGCCCGUGGUAUUUGAGUAAGAAGAAUGUCACUGGCACAAUUUGCUGGUCUUGCAAAGAUGUGUUUGAGCCUCUCUUCCUCAAAUAUAAUGUCGAUCUUGUACUGACUGGCCAUGCUCACGUUUAUGAGCGUCUAAGCCCCUUGGCUACUGGCAAGAUUGACCCCAAUGAGCUAAACAACCCUAAGGCUCCCUGGUACAUUACCAACGGAGCCGCCGGCCAUUACGAUGGUCUUGACACGUUUGAUGAGCCGAAGCAGAAGUAUAGUCGCUUUGGGCUGGAUGCUAACAAUGCUACCUACGGAUGGAGUCGAUUGACAUUCCACAAUUGCUCACACUUGACGCACGAGUUUGUCGCUAGCAAUAACAACUCUGUGUUGGAUACGGCUACUUUGUACAAGGCUCGGGCUUGUCGGCCUGGUGGUGGAGACGGUAAUGGAAAUGGAACUACGCAUCAUAAUGGUACUGCGACUGGUACUGCUUCUCGCACGCCGACUGGACCGACGGUGGUUCCAACUGGAGGCUCUGGAACUGGUCCAGCGACUGGAUCAGCGACUGGCUCAGCCACGUCGCCCCCUUUGCACACUCCGAGUACUGCGGAUGCGAGUGCGGUUGGGUCGGUGUCUGUUUUGACCUUGUUGGGCUUGAUGGUUGGAGUUUGGCGGAUGUAA